AUGGCUAAUAGUCUUAUACUUACCAUUCUUCCUCUUGUUGUUUUGAUUUGUUUUGCCCUUCCAAAUGUCAAAGCAGCAACACAACUCUAUUCCUUCGGCCAAGACAUGUGGGGUCAACUUGGUGUUAGAUCUGGAAUUGGUGGUGCCAAUAAUUUUAUCCAAUCCACACCAAGCAGCAUUGUGACCUCUCAAUUUCCUCAAACCUAUGCCUCUGUAAAAUUUGUUGAGGGUCUUUCGUAUUACUCCUCACUUAUGCUUGUAAGAGAUUCUAAUAUGAACAUUAUCAAAAUUAUGGGAAAUGGAUAUCAGAGCUAUCUUCCAAAUUUCUCAACUGGCAAUGGUUUCUACAGUGUACAACUCAGCCCUGCACAAAUGAUGGAUUUUUCUGGUACAGUUUCUUUUGUUCAGAAUGGUAAAGCAUGUUCAAUUCUUGGAACUAAAGAUGCUCAGAGUAAUUUAAUGUUAUACUCAUGGGGAGAUAGCAAGCAUGGUUGUUUGGGUGAUGGAAAUACCAAUUCGAGUCGUGGAGUUGUGAAUAGUCCAGUUUCGGUUGUUAUUCCAGAUAAGUGUAAAGGUGAUAAUUUGAAACAGGUUUCCAUUUUCGAUCAUGUAUUAUUGUUCUGUCAAGAUUCUCUUGGUCAAUAUAUUUAUGGGUUUGGAUUGAAUGAGAAUGGUGAGCUAGGAAGUUCACUUGCCAGCUCAGUAUAUACUCCAACAUUAUUGAGCAUGACACCUUUAUCUGGAAAGAUUAUCACAAAAGUUGCUGCCUCUUCCAAGUUUUCAGUUGUUUUAACUUCUGAUUCGAGUGUUUAUGUAAUGGGAACUUUGCUCAAUUGUUUUAGUACUACAACCUUAACAAAGAUUACUGGAUUGCCAAUUGACACAACUCAGGAAGCAAUUGUUGAUAUUUCAGUAACUUACUAUCACAUUUUAUUGUUGACAAAUACCUCCAAGAUUAUUUUGUACGGAAACAAGAUUAUGAACUUGGGACAAUAUAUUACUUCCACUACUACAUGUGGUAGUUCUGUAUUGACCUCCUUGGUAUAUUUGGGAAGUAAACCUUCCAAGGUUUUUGCUUCCAAUGAAGUAAUUAUGGUCAUUUCAAAUAACAAUGAAAUUUACACACUUGGUAAUAAUCAAAAUGGUAAUAUCGGUAAUGGAAACACUUCUGACAUCUCUGGUUCUUACAAAAUCGAUAGUAUCACAAUUCCAUCAGGCAAUAUUAUUUCAGAUGCAACAAUUAACCUUAAUGGGAAUUACCUUGCAACUUCCGAUACCAUGUAUUGUAAUGGUGUUUCAUAUACAAAUGCUGGUGUUUGCUCAGGACAUGGAACUUGUGUUACUCAAUCAUGUAUUUGUGCUCCUGGAUAUUUUGGAAGAAACUGUGAAGAAUUUACUUGUUUCGGAUUGUUAAAGAACUCUGCAUCAGUUUGUUCUGGAAAUGGAAAAUGUAGCUCCUUAGAUGCUUGUCAAUGUACGAAUGGAGCUACUACUAGUAAUUGUACAGGUCCUGCCACAUCUAAUAGUACAGGAAAACAAUCAGAUGCUAACAGUCAUGGACAAUCAAUUGGGCUAAUGGUCUUGUUGUGUGCUAUCUUGUUAUGGAUUGGCACUUUAAAUUUGUAA